AUGAAGCUAAUAAGGAAAUCGCUAGAAAAGGACCAGUCCGGAGAUAUCACUCUUUGUCCAGAAGACUCUGAGGACCUGUGGUACACCUAUAACUUGAUCCAAGAAGGAGAUGAGAUAGAGGCCAAGUCCAUGCGAAAAAUUACCAAAGUUAAUAAAGACGGUGUUGCCAAGGGUCAAAGUACCCGAAAAUUAUUGAAGCUAAGGCUUAGAAUUACCAAGAUAGAAUUUGAUCCUGCUGGAGGAUCAUUACGAAUCAACGGACCUGUGACUGAAGAUACUGAAGAUGUUUCGGCCGGUACAUAUCACACAUUGGCAGUUGAAUUAAACAGAAACUUUAGACUUUUCAAACAAGAAUGGGAUCUCAUAUCUCUUGAAGUGGUUGAUAAGGCUGUAGACCCUGAAAACAAGGCCGAAGUAGGGGCUGUGGUUAUGCAAGAGGGUCUAGCAAAUAUCUGUCUGUUGACCGAGAACAUGACUGUCUUGAGACAGCGAGUUGAACAAUCGUUACCAAGGAAGAAACGUGGUGAUAACUCAGGCUACGAAAAAGCCUUGCAAAAAUUUUACGAAACAGUGUACACAACCAUGAGAAGAAAUCUGACAAUCGACAAACUGAAAGCUAUUUUAAUCGCCUCUCCAGGAUUCACUGCCAAAAGCUAUUAUGACUAUAUGUUUCAAAGAGCAGUAACUGAUGGGGAUAAGCCAUUUAUCAAGUCGAAAGAGAAGUUUUUGGUCACACAUAGCUCGUCGGGUGCUAUACACGCUUUGGAAGAGAUUUUGAAGAAUGCCGAUGUUCAGAGACAAUUGGCAGAUACAAAAUACGGACGAGAAACGAUAAUUCUAGAUAAAUUCUUUAAAACCAUGAAUGAUGACGAAGCCAGAGCAUGGUAUGGUCCACGGCAUGUUGAAGAGGCCGUGAACAGGGGUGCCGUAUCUACUCUACUCAUUACCGACACAUUAUUUAGAAGCAACAACAUCCAGACCAGGAAAAAAUACAUUUCCAUGGUCGAAACAGUAAGAGGCUCCGGAGGAGAAUCCCUGAUAUUCAGCAGUUUGCAUUCGUCGGGUGAGCAGCUCGAUCAGAUCAGUGGUAUUGCAUGUAUAUUAUCAUACCCUCUAGCUGAGCUAGAAGAUAUUGACGAUGAAGAAGAAGAGGAUGAAUAG